AUACGCACACAUACAGUCCUGAGCGACAUUGUUUAUCACACUGUGGACUCUACCUGACCGUGGUAAGAUUAAGCUUAUAUGAUAUACUCAAUAUAGAAUAAUUUAUGAAUUAUAUACGUAUACAUGUUAUAUAUAAAUACCCUGUUUUUAAAACUGUCUAUCUAUAAAUAAAUGUCAAUCUGCGCAUGUGCUUUCAUUUAUAUAGAAGAAUAUUGUUUAAUUCAUUAUACGACUUUAUAUACAUUUAUAAAUUUCACUCAGUAGUGAGCAGAAUAAGUUGUAUAAUUCACGAUCGCCGGUUACGGAGCUACUCAUAUAAUUCACGAUCGCCGGUUACGGAGCUACUCAUAUAAUUCACGAUCGCCGGUUACGGAGCUACUCAUAUAAUUCACGAUCGCCGGUUACGGAGCUACUCAUAUAAUUCACGAUCGCCGGUUACGGAGCUACUCUAGGAAGCAGCAUGCCUCGUUCGUACGUGGACAACGCGUAUAACCGCAGCGUUGGGCGCGUUGGGAUGCCUGUUGGCAGUAUGGUUAUUUCCAGGAGCAGCGGCGGAGGUGGUGGCGGAUUCAGCAGCGGAGGUGGUAGCGGAUUUAGCAGCGGAGGUGGUAACGGAUAUAGUUAUGGCGGUGGUGAUUAUAGCGGCUAUUCAGGGUCGUCCACCAAAGCGUAUGUUGAUAACUCGUACAACCGAAGUGUCGGACGAGUGGGUUUGCCUGUUGGCAGUAUGCCAAUUUCUAAAAGCGGAAGCGGAGGUGGAAGUUACGGCUCGGCGGACUGCUACGUAGACAAUGCAUACAAUCGCGCAGCAGGUCGUGUAGGUAUGCCGAUGGGGAGCAUGCCAAUACACAAAGGAGAAUCGGCGUCCGGAAGUCGCCGAUCCUAUGAGAGUUCGAUCCCGGAGCUAGGUGUACGCUCGAACACCUACGUCGACAACGCGUAUAAUCGUUCUGCAGGCCGUGUAGGUAUGCCGAUGGGGAGCAUGCCAAUACACAAAGGAGAAUCGGCGUCCGGAAACCAUCGAUCCUAUGAGAGUUCGAGUCUGGAGCUAAUUGUACGCUCGAAAACCUACGUCGAUAACGCGUAUAAUCGGUCCCAUGACCGUGUCGGAAUGGAACGCGGUACAGCUGUGGUUAGCAAAUCCGACAGGCGAAGCCCGGAUACUGCCAGGUACUCCCGACCAACAUCAUCUACAUCGGGCUUGUACACGGACAACGCCCAAAACCAGAAAUUAGGUCGGGUUGGUCUGCCUAAGGGGAGUGCACCCGUCUCUAGAAAAGACCCUGGUAGUACUAAGGUGUACGUGGAUAACUACAUGAACCGGAAGCUGGGUCGCGUUGGUAAGAUUGUUGGAACGGCCGUGUACCACAAGAAAACGGGAAAAGUUAGCAAGGAGUUUUACGCGAACAGCCCGCAGAAUCAGAAGUUGGACAGGGCGGGGAAACCAAGAGGGUGCCGCCCGGUGUCCCGGAAAUGCGGAAUCACCAAGGGCAUACCGAAGAUGCUGGAGAAACUCCAGAAUGGAGAAGAGUUGGUGGAUUUUGGGGACUAUCGUGGUAUUGACGACGACUUCUACACCGGUAUAUCCGAAAACGGAUACCUGGAGCUGUUUGAUCAGGCCGUAUACCGCCUGAACAGACAGAAUGAAGAGAUGGAAUGGAAAAAGGCCCACGGGGCCAAGCCAAAAACAAGGGCGUCCCUUUUGACGAAUUUCCAAGAGAGUAUACCGUUCUCGGAGCUUAGUCUAAGUCCUGAAAAGAAGAUUGGCGAAGGCACGUUCGGGGAGGUGUUUCUGACGGAAUGGAAUGGAAGCGCCGUUGCCGUGAAGAAACUGAAAGUCACACAGUUCAGCAAGCGACUUGAGGAUGAUUUUAAGCGCGAAAUUCUGACCUUCAGCGCUCUUGAUCAUCCAAGCAUCGUUAAGUUCCUUGGCGCAUGCGUAGAACGUCCGAAUUUUUGCAUCGUCAUGGAGUACAUGCAGAUGAGUCUCUAUGACGCCCUGCAUACCGUGCCCGAUAUCACGUUCACUGAGACGGAACGUCUAGACAUUAUAACUGACGUCUGCAAAGGCAUUCAAUACUUACAUUGUGAACGAAUCGCACACUGCGACUUGAAAACCCUAAACAUUCUGAUCAAUUACACGGAAGGGAAAACGUGCAUCGCAAAAAUCACAGAUUUUGGCCUCAGUCUCGUAAAGAACAGCACGCAGUCAGGAACAUCUUCAAGGGGCGGCGCGAUCGUCUGUUAUGCAGGCACGCCCCGUUAUUCUGCACCGGAGGUUCUGCGAGGAGAAAUGUUGAAGGCUUCGGACAUGAUGAAGGCCGAUAUCUGGUCGCUAGGUCUUGUCAUUUUUGAGACUAUUUUUGAUGAAGAGCCAUUCUACAAUCUGAGCUUGAUACAGCUAAAAAAGCAGGUUGGUGAAAAACGACUGAAACCGGAAAUAAAUGAUGACAUCAUCGUUAAUCCUGACGUCAUGGCGGCAUUGUUUCAGACAUGGAGAAACGCACCGAGAGACCGCAUUGACAUCGGAGAACUUACUGAAGUAGUUGAGUUAGCACAGUAUUUGUAUGUUCAGUAGAUACAUGUAUGCUCAAAAGGGAUCAUGAUCAUAUGAGCAUGACGAAACGAAGAAAGGGACCUCUAUCACAUGAAGAUAUUUACAUGUAUACAUACACAUGUGUAAUCACGACAACAUUUAACAGCACAUAUACAUACUGAGCCUCGGAGGUCACAAAAGGGACAUUAUAUCACAUGAUUUAGUGCACUGGAUUUAAUACAUUUCAACAUACACAUACUGAAAUCAAACGACAAAUUGAGCAACGAGUGACGAUCACUUAAACGUUUCCAGUGAAACAUGAAAAUACAUAAUGAUUUUAAUAGACAAUUAGUAUACAUGUAUACGGGCGUGUUGAUGCUCUUACAUUUCGUUUAAGGAAGUAUUUCUUUUAGUUCCGUUUUAUUCACGGUAACUUUAUUCUGCCUGCAUUAAGGCUACUUACUUUCUUAAAGCCGCACUCCCACAGAUUGACAGUUUUGACAUUUUGUUAAGUCUUUGUCUCAGACAAGAUAACUCACGAUGAAACAGAUCUCAAUUGUUUGGGAAAAUGAAUAAAAACUUCAUAUUUCUUAAGCGUAAAUAACGCUUUUAGCCGCAAAAUAUUAAUUUUUGUAAAUAAGAAAAAAUGCGAUCUGAUCUUUUGUCAGCAGUCAUAUAUCACUGGUUUCUAGACAAAAACAUUGGCUCAUUACAAGACAAAAAAUAAAAGUUGUCAAAACGGUCAAUAUAAGAGUGCACGUGUAAGAUAGUUAAUGAUAUUGUGUUCAAAGCGUUGUCAUUGUACAUGUAUGUGUCAUUAUUAUGGCUUUUCUUGCUUUUAUUUUUAUUGUUUGAUUGUUUUUGUUGUCUUAAGAAAGUUUUGUUAAAUGCUUUGUAAUUUAAUGUACCCCCUUGAGGUCCUAAAUUUGUUUGUUUAUAGUAACAACCCCAUAAAAACUAGGCAGGGGAGAAAUGGAUGUUAUUUCAAUACUUUAUGUCAAGAUCUUUUUCCUGCAAAUAGCGCUAUUUCUUGCACUGUCAAAACAUAAUGACAGUUUAUGCUGGGAAGACCGUUUUUGUGUUUUUGUUUUUAAAUUACUAGGGUCUGCGACCCGAAACUCUUUUGAUGGCCCGAAAUUGUUUUAAUGGCAAAUAAGUGAAGCCGAAUUCAUUCAAUCAUAUUGACGGUUUCUUGUGCAUGCUCUUACAUUUCGUUUAAGGAAGUAUAUCUUUUCUUUCCUUUUUAUUCAUGGGUAUUUUUCUACCUGAAUGAAUGUUGGAUGCUUUGUUAAAGCUGCACUCCCACAGAUUGACAGUUUUGACAUUUUGUAAAGUUUUUGUCCCAGAAUCACCUGCUUUUGGUUUCAAUGCCUUCAUUUCAGUCAUAUGAGAUAAUUCACAAUAUAACAGAUCUCAAUUGUUAGGGGAACUGCAUAAAUACUUCACCUUUCAUAAGCGUUAAUUACGCAUUUAGCCGCAAAAUAUCAAUUUUCGAAUGUAAAUAUGAAAAAAAUGCGAUCUGAUCUUUUGUCAGCAGUCAUAUAUCACUGGUUUCCAGACAAAAACGCAAAAAUGGCUCAUUCCAAGACAAAAAAUUGUCAAAACGGUCAAUAUGAGAGUACAGCUUUAAGAUGGUUAAUGAUAUUUUGUUGAAAGCGUUGUCAUUGUACAUGUAUGUGUCAUUAUUAUGGCUUUUAUUGCUUUUAUUCUUAUUGUUAAUGAUUGUGUUGUUGUCUUAAGAUGCUUUGUUAGAGAGUUUUGUUAAAUGCUUUGUAAUUGAAUGUACCCCCUUUAUGCUUAUAAGGCCUACAAUUGUUUGUUUAUAGUAACAACCCCAUAAUAACUAGGCAGGGAAGAAAUGGAUGUUAUUUCAAUACAUUAUGUCAAGAUCUUUUUCUUGCAAAUAGCGCUAUUUCUUACACUGUCGAAACAUAAUGACACUUUAUGCUGGGAAGACCGUUUUUGUGUUUUUUGUUUUUAAAUUACUAGGGCCGGCGGCCCGAAACUCUUUUGAUGGCCCGAAACUGUUUUGAUGGCCCGAAACUCUUUUAAUGGCAAAUAAGUGAAGCAGAAUCCAUUCAAUCAUAUUGACGGUUUCUUGCGCAUGCUCUUACAUUUCGUUUAAGGAAGUAUAUCUUUUCUUUCCUUUUUAUUCAUGGGUAUUUUUCUACCUGAAUGAAUGUUGGAUGCUUUGUUAAAGCUGCACUCCCACAGAUUGACAGUUUUGACAUUUUGUAAAGUUUUUGUCCCAGAAUCACCUGCUUUUGGUUUCAAUGCCUUCAUUUCAGUCAUAUGAGAUAAUUCACAAUAUAACAGAUCUCAAUUGUUAGGGGAACUGCACAAAUACUUCACAUUUCAUAAGCGUUAAUUACGCAUUUAGCCGCAAAAUAUCAAUUUUCGAAUGUAAAUAUGAAAAAAAAUGCGAUCUGAUCUUUUGUCAGCAGUCAUAUAUCACUGGUUUCCAGACAAAAACGCAAAAAUGGCUCAUUCCAAGACAAAAAAUUGUCAAAACGGUCAAUAUGAGAGUACAGCUUUAAGAUGGUUAAUGAUAUUUUGUUGAAAGCGUUGUCAUUGUACAUGUAUGUGUCAUUAUUAUGUCUUUUAUUGCUUUUAUUCUUAUUGUUAAUGAUUGUGUUGUUGUCUUAAGAUGCUUUGUUAGAGAGUUUUGUUAAAUGCUUUGUAAUUGAAUGUACCCCCUUUAUGCUUAUAAGGCCUAAAAUUGUUUGUUUAUAGUAACAACCCCAUAAUAACUAGGCAGGGAAGAAAUGGAUGUUAUUUCAAUACUUUAUGUCAAGAUCUUUUUCCUGCAAAUAGCGCUAUUUCUUACACUGUCAAAACAUAAUGACAGUUAAUGGUGUGUUGACCGUUUUUUGUGUUUUAGUUUUUAAAUUACUAGGGCCGGCGGCUUUUUAAGGGCGCUCCCGACAGGCGACACAUCCGAUUCGCGGAAUUCUUGUUUUUUUAGGGAAAUGUAUAUUUCUGGCAAUAGCAAUCUGAAUUUUGUGCGCUAUAUUUUAUGUUUUAAUCUUAGCUAUGUAAUCAAACAUGUAUGUUUAUUUGUAUCUAUUGUAUUAAAAACUAUUUUAUAUUGAAAAAGAUGUUGUUAUAAAUUCA